AUGGGAAAAUUGGCAAACAAAAAGGAGUUGCCACCAAAGUUGUGGGAUCCGCCGCCAUUACUCUGCAAGCGAUACGAUCUGAAUGACCCAGUCGAGAUCCAACGACUGGCCAGGUUUGCUACCAUGACACACGAUGAAGCUGCUCGGAUCGUUCAGCACGCGUACCGAUGCCAUCGAGGUCGUGAGCUCAUGCGUCGUAUUCUGCGUUCGAGUAUCAAGAAACUCUGGGACGCCACGGCCGGGAGGUUCUAUUACUACAGCGCCACUACUAAGGAAACGUCCUGGGAGAAACCCCGACUUCUGCUUAAUGAGGCCGACGACGAACUUGGAUCUACGGCUGACCGUCAUCAAAAUCCAGCCCAGGGACGUCGACGAGUAGCAGUCACGUUGAGACCAGAGAAAUUCCACAACGAGGAAUCCGCCGCACGCACGAUUCAAGCGCUGUACCGACGAUUCGCAGCGCGUAAGAUGCUUCUCCAGCUAAUCACGCGCCGAUAUCGUAAAAUACUGGACCCGGUGUCUGUGUUUGGUGAAUAG